AUGAAGUUUUCUUUCGUUUUUAUUGCUGCCGCCGCUGCAGUUGGAGCCCACGCUCAAGCUGGUGAGUUAACUACUAUCCAAUCCAUCGUUCCUGUCACGUGCACCCCCGCGCCUGCCCCCAAUCUCGCGACCUGUGUGGAUACUUGUACACAGGUGCUCACAACAUUCCUAACCUGCAAUGGUCUGCUGGACUGCCUCUGUCCCAUCAUUGUUCAAGUUGGCGAUCUUGUUACUGAGUGCCUGUUGUGUCUGCCCCUUCUUGGAGAUCUGCUGCGGUUUGUCACAGACGAUGUCGUAAACGUGUUGCUCGGAUGCAACGUUGCCACUACCGUUCCCGCUCCCACCGAGUGCUUCUCCACCACCUCCGUGGUGGUCACCGUUACUAACCUCCCAGAGUCUAGCACUGCCUCCAACGAUUCGUCUGGCUCUAUCACUUCCUCCGAUGCUGUUGCUUCCUCUGCACCUACUUCUGCUACUGCUGAUGAGACACAGAGCUCUGGCUCUGUCACUGCUUCCGAUGGAUCUAGCUCAGGUUCCGCCUCCAACACUGUUACAGACGGCUCCGGUGCUUCUUCCGACACUGCUACGGACGGUUCUGGUUCUGCCUCUGUCCCUGCCUCUGCUACUGAUAGCUCCGGUGCCUCUGCUACUACCACUGACGGAUCCGGUGUUUCUGCUACAGACUCCGCUACCGACGGAUCCGGGGCCUCUGGCUCUGCUACCGACGGGUCUGGAGCUUCUGUCACUGCAAGUGCUACCGACGGAUCUGGUGCCUCUGGCUCUGCUACCGACGGGUCUGGAGUUUCUGUCACUGGAAGUGCUACCGACGGAUCUGGAGCUUCUGUUACUGGAAGUGCUACCGACGGAUCUGGUGCCUCUGGCUCUGCUACCGACGGGUCUGGAGCUUCUGUCACUGGAAGUGCUACCGACGGAUCUGGAGCUUCUGUUACUGGAAGUGCUACCGACGGAUCUGGUGCCUCUGGCUCUGCUACCGACGGGUCUGGAGCUUCUGUCACUGGAAGUGCUACCGACGGAUCUGGUGCCUCUGGCUCUGCUACCGACGGGUCUGGAGUUUCUGUCACUGGAAGUGCUACCGACGGAUCUGGAGCUUCUGUCACUGGAAGUGCUACCGACGGAUCUGGUGCCUCUGGCUCUGCUACCGACGGGUCUGGAGCUUCUGUCACUGGAAGUGCUACUGACGGAUCUGGAGCUGCCACUAGAACUGCUACCGACGGCUCUGCUACCACUGCUGGUUCAGGCUCCGGUUCUGACGGCUCUGACUCCGGUUCUGGUUCAGGUCUCGAAGACACAGACUCUGGUGCCGGCUCUGACUCUAAUACUAACACAGAUGGCGCUUUCGCUAACUCCACCGCUCCUGCUACCGUCACCGAGGUGACCCACGUCAACUCUACCGUGGCCACCGUCACCAUCACCUCUUGUGACGACCACAAGUGCCACGAGAUCCCCGCUACUCUCGUCACCACCGUCACCCACGGUGUCACCGUGACUCUGACCGUCCCCUGCGAGACUACCACUGUUUCCGAGCACGGCUCGGUCGUGCCCAAGCCCAAGCCCGAGCCCGCGACCUCUUCUCCCGCUCCCAAGCCUACCCCUGAGACCUCUGCUCCCAAGCCCGUGCCUGAGACUCCCAAGCCUGCCCCUGAGCCCGCUCCCAAGCCCACCACUGCUCCUGCUCCCAAGCCCGUGCCCGAGUCUUCUUCUACCAUUACUCUGGCCAAGACUCUGACCCAGACUCUGACCAAGCCCAACAACCUCACCAUCCCCACCACUCCCGUUCAGGCUCCCAGCACCACCGUUGCCCAGGCCAAUGCCGGCGUUCAGCAGCACGCUAACGUUGUUGUUGCUGCCGUUCUCGGUGCCGCUGCCCUCCUUAUGUAG